AUGUCUUCUGAUAAAAGCAGCCCGCCCUCUUCGCCACUCAACGGCAGUCCCUCGGAGAUCAAAACAGAGGCUGACGGAGACAAGAAAGAUCAAGGUGCAAAUAAAAUGGAGAUGGAUGGCGAUGAUGUUGAGGAGAUGGACCACAAGUCACGGGCACUCACGAACCUCCUCAAGACAAGCUCAGUCUUCGUUGCGAUCAUGGCAGACAAAAUGAAGCAAGAGCAGAAGCGCAACCAGGAGCAGGCUCGGCGGGCCGCAGCGAAACAGAAGCAUGAAGCGGCCAAGUCUGCUGAGUCGAAAGGCCCUACAAGAAAGUCCGCAAGGAGACGUGCUCAAGACGAGGAACCGACAGAUGCUGAGGAGGUAGACGAGAAGAAGGCCACCCGGGGUCGGGGACGACAGUCUAAGAAGGCCAACGUUGCGAGGAAGAGCAUCACUGAUUACUUCGAUUCGGGGGCUAUUAAGACUUCCGAGGAGGGUCCAACCGUCCAAGAAGCGCUGGCAGAAGCCGCUGACGAAUAUGAAGGUGAGGGCCUCGGGGCCCAUGAUCUUGUCGCAACCGAGCAGCCUUCCGUAGUGACUGGCGGGAAAAUGAAGCACUAUCAACUUGAAGGCCUCGAGUGGUUGAAAUCGCUCUGGAUGAACGGUCUUUCUGGCAUCUUGGCCGACGAGAUGGGUCUUGGGAAGACGUUGCAAGCCAUCUCAUUGAUUGCCUUCUUCAAAGACAACAACAUCUCGGGACCCUUCUUGAUCGCGGCUCCUCUGAGUACCGUGCGCAAUUGGGUCGAAGAGUUCAAACAUUGGACUCCGAGCAUUAACACGGUCCUCUACCAUGGAACCAAGGACGAGCGCGAGAUGAUGAGGCGGAAAAAGAUGAAGAUGCAAGAUCAGUUCAAGUACGAAUUUCCAAUCGUCGUCACCAGCUACGAGAUUUGCAUGAAUGACCGGAAGUUUCUGGCGACCUAUCAAUGGAAAUACAUCAUCGUGGAUGAGGGACAUCGUCUGAAGAACAUGAAUUGCAAACUGAUCAAAGAGUUGAUGACAUACAACUCUGCCAAUCGACUUCUGAUUACAGGCACACCUCUCCAGAACAAUAUCGCCGAACUUUGGUCACUCCUGCACUUCUUGCUUCCCGAAGUUUUCAACGAUCUCGACAGCUUUGAGCGGUGGUUCGACUUUUCGAGUGUGUUGGAAGGGAACAAGGGGGCCGAUCAGAAAACGUUGAGCCGAAGAAAUAAUCUCGUGUCGACCAUGCAUGCCAUUUUAAAGCCAUUCCUGCUCCGGAGAGUCAAAGCGGACGUUGAGUCAGACCUUCCUAAGAAACGAGAGUACAUCCUCUAUGCACCUUUGACCUCCGAGCAGAAGGAACUGUACCGGGAGAUUUUAGCGGGCACGAGCAGGUCGUAUCUGGAAGAAAAGGCUGUCGAACGCAUCGAGGCCAGAAGCCGGACCGUUUCCCUCAAGCGCAAAGCAGCUACCAGCGGGCGCGGUACCCCUGCGAAGAGCUUGAAGCCAAGCCGUGACUCAACACCAGCUUCUGUUGUUUCCACUGGCUCGGUGCGACGGGGCCGCAAAGCAGCACGCACAAGCUAUCGAGAUGUAACGGACCGGGAAUUCAAUGCUCGCCUUCGCCGAAUUGAACAAGGUGAAGAAGACAUCAACCUGGAUCGCGCAUCCCCGUCGCCGGGUUCACAAGAUAUCUCCUCUGAGGAAGCCGAAGAGCUCGAAAGAGCCCAGACAUUCAAGCUUGCAAAGAAAGAGAUUGCCUCCAAGAAAUUGCAGAAUCCCCUGAUGCAAGCGCGCCUCGCGUGCAACAGUCCGCACAACUUCUAUUGGCCAUGGAAGCCAAGUACGGCAGCUGAGGAGCAAUCAGGCGAGUACCCUCACGUAGAUGAAAGCCUGGUUACAGCCUCGGGGAAAAUUCUUGUGCUCGACACGCUUCUUCCGCGACUCUUCGAAUUGGGGCAUAAAGUUCUCAUCUUCAGCCAAUUCAAAAAUACCCUGGACAUAUUGGAAACAUACGCGGUGGAGCUGCGCGGUUGGAAGGCGUGUCGAAUUGAUGGCUCGGUGGCCCAAGAGGAGCGCUACGAGCAAAUAACCAACUUCAACACGGACAAGUCUUACAAUUUGUUCCUCUUGACGACCCGAGCCGGCGGGCAAGGGAUCAAUCUGACUGCAGCAGACACAGUGAUUCUCUUCGACUCAGACUGGAACCCGCAACAGGACUUGCAAGCGAUGGAUCGUGCACAUCGUAUCGGUCAGACGAGGCCUGUCAUUGUUUACCGCCUUGCGACCAGGGGAACCGUAGAGGAGACACUGCUGCUCAAAGCCGAUACAAAAAGGAAACUCGAGAAACUGGUCAUUCAAAAGGGCAAAUUCAGAUCUCUUCUUUCGUCCAGCGUCGAUGCCGACGACAUCAAAGGCGCGCUUGUCAACGACGACUUCGAGAACUACGACGUCCCGCAUUUAGAGGAAGAUGAGAAGGAGGGACAGGAAAAACACAAAAAGAGGAGACCGAUCCUGAGCGAAGAGGAGCUGAAGAUCUUGACGGAUCGGAGCGAUGAAGCUUAUGAGCGGGCUGCGAAGGGAUUGGAUAUGGGAGGUGAAGGAAGUGCGUUCCAGGUUGCUGAAACGAAGAGGGGAGGGACGACGGCGGAUGUACUUGCGGAUUUGACGGUCAGGAGCAAGCCAUGA